AUGUCAGAGGCCAAAAUUUCAUAUAGUUUUGCCCAUUUCUGUCCACAACUUAUAAGGAGUCCCAAGGCUCGAGCACGAUUAGGUCUACCAGAGAAGGAGUCUCCAGCUGCUGCUGCAAAUGUAAAGGAUCCUGACUACAUAAGAGCUUUGGCUGUUUUGGGGCAGACUCUUCUACAGAAAGGAGAGUAUGCAGAGGCUGCUCAAUAUUUAGAGCGUGUUAUCUCCAAGAUUCUUGCUAAUGGGGUUCCAACAGAAGGAGAAGAGCUCGAUAUCUUUAUUCUUACUUCUCAGUGGGCUGGAAUUUCCUAUAUAGAGCAGGGGAAGCAUGCAGAAGGGCUAGUCCAGCUGGAAAGAGUUGCGAAAUUGAAAGAGCCGGCAGAACCAAAGAGCAAAGUCCAUUACUUUGAUGGCUUGAUCAUACUUGCCAGUGCAUUAUACGACCGAGGCAGCAAAGCUGAAGCCGUAGCUUAUGCUCGUUUAGCCGCGGCUUAUAAUCCUGCGAAAUACAACAAGUUCUUGGAGAUGUGUGAGAAUGGAGAAGACAGUUUCGUCGUCGACCUGGUCAGCAGCCGGAGGCGAGACUACUGA